CCCUCCCACUUAUCCACUGCAGCAAUAAGAUAGCCGAGGUCCAAGAUCACUGAUGACAAAUCGAGCCGUUUGCAAGCACCUGGGCUGUAUUACAUUCAAGAAGAUAUAAUAUACCUGCCGUGUAUCAUUAUUUUGACUUUGUAUCGAAGAAAAUAGAUCCGCGGUGCAGCAGAGGGGUGUGUGCUCGAAGCCCGAGCGAAGAGGCAUGUCGGCCUGUGAAUAAUACUGCUUCUUUCACACUGUACCUGUAUCUGAAACACCCGAGACGUAUCCGCGAAGAUUUGGAUUCGGAUUCAUCGUCGACGUCUGUUGUUUCUACCCAGGGGCGCACAUCGUCUCCAUCGGCCAGGACUCGGUCUAGGGCCCCCGGGUUAGCUGUUACCCCGCGGAGCAUGCUAAAGAAUGAGCCAAAGGGAUACACUGGUUCAUUUGUUUGCCGGAGGAUGCGGGGGUACAGUGGGCGCCAUCUUGACCUGUCCUCUGGAGGUGGUGAAGACGCGGCUCCAGUCCUCCCAUGUCACCUUCUACAUCUCCGAUGUGCAGCUCAGCACCGUCAACGGAGCCAGCGUGGCCCGCAUGUCGCCGCCCGGGCCCAUACACUGUCUCAAGUUGAUCCUGGAGAGAGAAGGACCUCGCUCACUAUUCCGAGGUCUCGGACCUAACCUUGUGGGUGUGGCACCGUCCAGGGCCAUUUACUUUGCCGCCUACUCCACCGCCAAGGAGAAGUUGAAUGGAGUGAUGGAGCCUGACUCCACCCCGGUGCACAUGGUGUCCGCAGGACUGGCAGGGUUCACCGCCAUUACUGCCACCAAUCCGAUCUGGCUGAUCAAGACACGCCUACAGCUGGAUGCCAGAAACCGGGGCGAGCGCCGCAUGAACGCCUUCGAGUGCGUGCGGCGGGUGUACCAGGCGGACGGCCUGCACGGCUUCUACCGCGGCAUGUCGGCCUCCUACGCCGGCAUCUCGGAGACGGUCAUCCACUUCGUCAUCUACGAGAGCAUCAAGCAGCGCCUGCUGCAGUCCAAGGCCCAGGCCAACAUGGACGACGAGGAGGAGACGGUCAAGGACGCCUCCGACUUUGUAGGCAUGAUGCUGGCCGCCGCCACCUCCAAGACCUGCGCCACCUCGUUAGCCUACCCACACGAGGUGAUCCGGACGCGGCUACGAGAGGAGGGCACCAGGUACCGCUCCUUCUUCCAGACCCUGAUCCAGGUGCCGCGGGAGGAGGGCUACCGCGCACUGUACCGCGGCCUCACCACACACCUCGUCAGGCAGAUCCCCAACACGGCCAUCAUGAUGGCCACCUACGAACUGGUCGUCUACCUGCUGCACAGUUAGCUGCUUUCCCAAGUUGGCGGCUCUCGGACACAGGAAGUAGCCAACAACUGUUCUCUGGCCAGAAGUAGAAGACAAAGGAAAGCUGAGAGGUCUUUUAAAAAGAAAGAAGGAAAGUUGGUUAAAGAAGAACAAGAUGGUGGAGGAGGAGGAGGAAGAUGAAGAUGGGGUUCCCAACAGCGUAUGGAAUGUCCAACACGGCUCUUCUUAGCCUCCUUCCAUGGAAGGAGCACUAAGUCAGUUGUCUUUACUUUGUGACAGAGAUGAUAAUGUGAAAUGGGAAUGCUUGGUUACAGUCUUGGAUUUUACACAACGGUGGCGAUGUUGGAAAACCAAAACGUUUACAUGGAUUUUGCAAAAAUCUCUUGAAAGUUUUGUUUUUAACUCGCAACAUUUCAGCCUCUUCCGAGUGUGAAGAGGCCUUUCCACUGUCGAAAAAUCUCCCCUGGCCUCAUUCAUUUAUAAGUCUACUGAGCCUGAGAAAUGAGGGCAGAGGAUACAGGAGUAGUGGGACUGGGAGAAUGUAAAGGAAAAAACAUGCACGUUUUUCGCCGUUACUAUAUACACGCUUAUUAACAAGGCGACGUUCAGAUGGUAAAGAAACGGCCCCUGCUUCUGGCACUACAGAGAGAUUGUCUCCAAGCAUUCCCUGAUGCUCCCGCAUUCAGCCCGCCACCCGGGCUCUGAGGGUUCGUACCUGAACAUGCCUCCUCCACGUAAGAACUCAAAAAAGUACGCUCGUCACCUGAAAAGAUGCCUCAGACACUAACCAGUGUUAUCGUCCAUUUAAUCUCAAGGCUCACGCUUUAUCCGUUGUGUGGGUGAGCCACACAAGCAUGUGCGUAGCACCUGGUUGCACGCUCCGUGUGGAAGAAGACGGUUCUCACUAGACGACCGCGCGGCCCCCAUCUCAUUGAACCUAAACGGUUUGCACGGGGGGCGGGUGGGGGGAGACGGACAUAACUGAAGCUCGCUGGUCCUGUGGAAGCUGCUGUGUCUUCUGUGUUGAGUAUGUGGGUGCCUUAUACAGGGUGUUAGUCAGUAGAGAUAUUGGUCAAAAGAACUACAAGCAUAGAAGUGGCCAUGGGUCCCUGUUUCCAAAUAAGGUGUGUGUGUGUGUGUGUGUGUGUGUGUGUGUGUGUGUGUGUGUGUGUGUGUGUGUGUGUGUGUGUGUGUGUGUGUGUGUGUGUGUGUGUGUGUGUGUGUGUGUGUGUGUGUGUGUGUGGGCGAGUGGUGUAUGUGAGCGAGUGUGCAUGGUUUGACUGGGAUCAAGUGAUUUCCGUGAGUGUAUUACUUUUAUUCUGAAGUAGAUUCAUCCUGUUGGGUUCCCUUCAUGUUGUGAUACACGAGGUCUGGAGUGAAGGCUUUCUCCACAGUAUUAGCAGCUCCACCCAUGUCUGGCUGUGUCUCUUCCUCCAGUGGCUUCCCACCUGGUGUUAUAUUAUGCACUUUCGUGGCCUUUGAGGGCUUGUGCUUAGCAUUUUACUGUGUGACAAAUUUGAACCUUGUACAUUGUGAAGAAAACCACAAAAACCGGUAUUCAUGUAUAUUGAAAAGGUAUUUUGCUCAACAUUUCUGAUAUAAUAUAUAUAUUGUACAGUUCAGAGUAUUCCACACUUGUGUAGGAUAUUCAUUUGUGUGUAUGUGUGUGUGUGUGUGUGUGUGCGUGUGUAUUAUUGGCCUACAUAUCUGUGCAUCACAUUUUCUUUUCCACAUUUGGCUUUGGAUCCACUAAACCCCCAAGCUGGUUGAGGUGGAUACAUGGUUUGCAGAUUAACCUUCUUGCAACACGGUGUUUGUGUUUUUUAUUUUGGUUUAUUUUUGUUCAAAGAUGCACACGUUUUCUCUGUGCGUCGGCUUUACUGUAUCGCACAAUGCUACCUGCCACGCUAAAAGUCAGGAAUUGGUCACUAAUUGGUCCCUAGGUAAAUAUAAAAGAAAACAUCUUCUUUGCACGUUUUCCAUCAAUUCUUUAAAUCGAUUGAUAACUCGUUCACUCCCAGGGGUCUGGGUGAUGCUCAUUACUGGAUUGACCUAUUUUCCUUUUGUAGACAAGGCAAUACAAAUAGGUUUAACCCCUUGAACGAUACUUUGGACACUGUUUCUAUAUUCUAUAGACAGUGUGGUGUUUAGAAAGUGAUCCUUGAAUAACUAACUCUCGAUUAAACGUCCUUGUCGUAUGUUGAUGUUUUCUUACCCCUAAGCAGAAUAAUUUAGUCCUUUCUGUGGUUGAUGUUGAAGGAUAAGUCAGUGAUGCUGCUUUCAAAGACCUCAUAUUGAUUUAAAUGUAACUUUGCCUUGUGUAAUAGUCUAGAAAUGUCCCAAACGGAGCCCUCUAUAGAGUUUUAAUGGUACAAUCACACCUUCCGUCCCAGCUGAAUGAGCCCUAGGCUAUAUUCUCAAAUGAUGGUGUGAGUAAAAUUCCAGUAAGCUAGACUUCCAUGAGAUUGAUCAAUUUGAGGUUGUGGAAACAUUCGCCAAUUUACCUUCAAAGCAUCAACGCCUGAUGUGGAAUUACCAAAAUGUGACAAAGACAGCCUGUGCUAUGCAAGUGCUCAAGUGAACACUUUCAAAAUGAACUAUUUUGACAUUUUGUUUUGUAUGAUUUAACUGUAUUUAUGCCAAUACUACAAUUCUACAGACAUGUCCGUGGUGCAUUAUCUAGCAAAACAAACGUUUUAUGACGGCUCCAUUGUUGUUUUUGAUUUUUGGAUAAAAGGUCAAUAAAACUAUUUGCAGCUGA